AUGGACCCUCUUUAUCAACGCUUGCUCAAAAAAGGCUUUGCGGAUAGCGUCUCAGCAAUUGAAUACUGCCGCGAUGUAUGUGCCGAAUAUGGAUUUACGAUCAAGCAAGAAGCUAGUGCUAAUAAAAACAUAUACGUCUAUUGUUCUCGCGAAGGCCUGCCAGAUUCUCAGCGGAACCCCAAACCUUCUCCACAAAGAAAACGACCCUCAAAAAGGUGUGAUUGCAAAUGGAGAAUUGUACUUUCUGAGAACGAACAGGAGCAAUGGGAAUUCCGGAAGUCGCUAACUGCUACUGCACUUGAGCACAACCACGAGAUGAUGUCUCCAGACGAGAUGGUUAAGGCCUGGCCACCUGAGGUGAGCGACAUGAUCAUUCGUCUUGCACAGCAGAGACUACAGACGCACGAGAUACGCGAGGCUGUCAAGCAAAACUUCCCUGACAUUACAUGGAACGAGCGGCGGUUCUAUAAUCGACUGACCGAGGAGCGCAAACGAAUUAGGCAGCGUGGAGUCGUCGACCGCUCACAGCGCCUACUGUUACUGUCUGCCAGGCUCUGUUCGGUAGUGGCGGGCAACGAAGGAUGGGCAAUAUGUGUAGAAAAUGACUUGGUUCGGAUGUUCGACAACUUCUGCCAGCUGACGCGCCUCACCCCCGAGGCCAUCGAGUCACUUGUGGAUAUGCAGCAGAACCAAAUCCAAAGCGACAUGAGUGGAGAACGCUCAUUACAGCCACACCGAUUGGUGGGAAAUUCCACUGGAGACUCCCUCUCGAUUGCCGAUCCAUCGGCCUCAAUCGGCAUGUCAUCCAACAGUGAUCUCGAGGACCAUUGCUCGGGAACACCCGCAGCCAAGCGUCGCAAGUCCAACUUUAGAUCAAACGAGUCCCCCAAGGGAACUCAGGUUGUCACUGUCCCGAGUUAUACGCUCUUUGUACGUUCGCAGCCCCUUCGUUCACCCUCUGAUUCAUCAUCCCAAGGCAGUCGUCGGACAAUGGCGGACUCUCCAACUGGUCUUGAGAGCCAUAGCCCUCAGAAUGGACCGCCAACAGCAUUCAAUGGACCAUCUGCCGCUUCAUUCUUUGCCCUUACCUCUCCAACAUCCUCCUCAUCCUCGACUUCAAAUAUGGCCUUUUCACGUCACAGGAUCGACAUGCCACAACAACGCACUUCUUUUUCUCCUUAUAGCAUGUCAGCCACAUCUUUCUCUUCGCCCCCUGAUAUGCCGUUCAACUUUGAUGGUGCCAGUAUAAUGGCUCCUCCCCCAAGUUCGAGCAAUAUUUUUGGGUCCAUGCACAGUACACCGCAACCACAUCAGACCGCCAAAGUGCACCACAACCUUGUUCCUGAUCGCCACGAGCACACCCACCCUCAUGAGCACAGAACACCGGUGUUUGGAUACUACGCUGUCAAGAACGAUGUUGAAUCAGCAGUACUGCAGGAACAGCAGCGGGCCAUUAUGAGGCAGCAGGAGCACGAGUAUGACCAGAGAGUCCAGCGUGGCUACCCUCAAGGAUUUACCACACUGCCUAUGAUCCGUGCUAAUAAUGAAGAUCAACAGGCAUCACCUAUUGUGGUAGCCACUCCUGCCUCUCAGCAGUGGUCUUGA